AUGUUUGUUGUUCUUCUUUGUUUUGGCAUCAUUUCGCCAAAUUUCGCAUUAUUUUGCUCGAAAAGCUGCCAAAUUAUCCACGAUAAGUAUUCAUCAUCGUUCAUAGAACCAUCCAUUCAGAAAUAUUGUUUCAACGAUUCUUCAACUGACGUCUGUAAAGGACGAAUCGUUGCUUAUUACAAGGAUAAUACAUAUCCAAAAUAUCUCAAUUAUACAUUUGGAAUAACUAUUGGUGCUAUUGACGAACGCAAAUAUGAAAAUCUAAUCGUCACCUACGGUCUCUCGAAUAUAAUCAAGUAUCAAGUAAUAGCCAAUGCUAAAACAAAAGAAACAACGCUCAUAGCAGAUAUUUAUUGUAAAAAUACAGAUGAAUGUGCUGUAAGUGAAGCGAAAACUCUUUUCAAUAAAUAUCGCAAUCAAAAGAAUCCAUAUUAUGCAUUAAAACCAUUAAUAUACACGGACAAUCCAUCAAAUAUUCUCUCCUGUUACGAUAUAUCUAUCGGAAAAAGUGUACAAUGUCCAAUACGGGAUAGUCAAUAUCCAACUUGUUAUGCCUACUCGAACGACUUGAAACAAGAAUGUGCAACCGAUACAAACUUGGGUAUUCACAUAGAAUUCGUCGUUCCAUCACCGACCAGCGAUCUACUUGAAACUUCGCGCGAUUUGGUCAGAUGUAAUGUUGAUAAUUGUAAUGAUCAUGUGAAUAAAUUACGAAUGAUUAAAGAAAUCGCAAGCAAUUACGCGUAUGGAAAUGUGCCCAUGAACAAUUCUAUUCGAAACGUACAAUUCGAAGUUUUUUAUUCAAUUUUUUGUAUCAUCAUUUUUCUUUUAAAAUAG